GCCGGGCUCUCCUGUUACCCCCCGGGGCACCGCCGCGGGGUUGUUUUCCCCACCUAGGAGCUAGGCUCGACCCUUCCUCCCUUUGCCUGUAAGGGAGGCAGCGUGUUUGUAAACAUGCUUCCAGACAGCCCGAGGCAUGCGCCGCUGCCUGGGUUAACCCACGCGGGAGACAGCCCUGGAGCGAGUUCGAGCCACGGCGAGAUGCAGCUGGCACCACUGCCCUUCUCCAGGAAGCUCUGUUACGCCAUAGGUGGUGCUCCGUACCAGAUGACAGGAAACGCCCUCGGGUUCUUCCUCCAGAUCUUCCUACUGGACGUUGUGCAAUUGGAAGCGUUCCAUUCCUCUCUGAUCCUUUUCCUUGGGCGAGCCUGGGACGCAGUUACAGACCCCGCUGUCGGCUUCCUGGUCAGCAAGAGCCCCAGAAGGAAGCUUGGCAAGCUGAUCCCAUGGAUUGUCUCCUCCACGCCGUUCGGGGUGGUCUUCUACUGCCUGGUCUGGUCCACCCCCUCGGACGCCAUGCCUGUCUCCCUCAAGUUCCUUUGGUACCUGACCACGUACUGCUUCUUCCAGACAAGCAUGACUUGCUAUCAUGUGCCGUAUUCCUCCCUGACCAUGUUUCUGGGAGGGAAUCAGCGAGACCGGGAUUCGGCCACUGCCUACAGAAUGGGGGUGGAGGUGUUCAGCACGCUGGUCGGCUCGGGUAUCCAGGGGCAGAUAGUCGGCAGGUACCACGCCAGCAUGAUGAAAAGCUGCAGCGUGCCCAAUGGGACUCUGUACAACAGCACCUCCCUGGGGCUCACCGACACCUUGGAGAACACACGCAGGGCGUACGUGAUCGCCUCCGUGGUCCUGGGCUCGCUCUACUGCAUGGCCUGCCUGAUUCUCUUCCUCGGAGUGAAGGAGCAGCCUGGGCCCCUCAGUCCCUUGGGAAAGACCCAGCUGCCCUUCUUUCACAGCCUGCGACUAAUCCUGGGACACCAGCCCUACGCCUGGCUGCUCUGUGGCUUCCUCUUCAUGUCCCUGGCCUUCCAGAUCGCUCAGGGGAUCUUUGCCUUUUUCUGCACACAUGCUGCUGGGCUGGCUGGGAAGUUCCAGCACUUGGUGCUCAUCAUGCUGGUCGUGGCUUCCCUCUCCAUUCCCUUCUGGCAGUGGUUUCUGGUGCGUUUUGGGAAAAAAACAGCUGUGUUCGUGGGCCUAUCAUUAAUUAUCCCUGCCCUCAUCGUUAUCACCCUAGUGAGUCACAACUUCCUGGUCUUCGUCUUCAUGGUGGUAUUAGCGGGAUGCAGCCUGGCUGUCCUCUACUUGUUACCCUGGUCCAUGCUACCAGACGCGGUGGAUGAUUUCAGGCUGAAGAACCCGAACUAUCUAAACCUGGAAGCUUUUUUCUACUCGUUCUAUGUUUUCUUCAACAAGUUUGCAGGAGGACUCUCCUUGGGGAUAUCAACAAUGAGCCUACAUUUUGCAGGUUACAGAGCCAGUGACUGCACACACAACCCCUCUGUCAUCCUCACGCUGCGCAUACUCAUGGCCCCUGUCCCAAUAACCCUGCUGCUGAUUGCCAUGGCCACAUUCUGCUUCUACCCCAUCGAUGAGGAGCGGAGGAAACAGAUGAGGGUGGAGAUGGAGGCAGCUGGGUCAUCAAACUGGCAAGAUGAUGUCUCCUACACUGUACUAACCCACCCAUCUCAUAAGGAACAAAGGAAUUGUCACACCAGAACAGACAGAUGGUCCAGCUCAUCCAGGAUCCUACCUCUGAUAGUGGAAUGGUCAAUGCUGGCUGCUUCAGAGGAAGGUGUCAAACACCUCCUUAACGAUCCUGACUGAGUAAUACUGUACCUGUGCGGAGAUGAGGGAGGAAGGGUCCUUUUGACCCCAUGUGGUGAUCAGUUCUUGCCUUGCAGGACGAAGAUUUACUUCUCUCACGUUCCUAGGUAAAGGUAGG